AACCUUGUGCACUUUGCAAGGGAAGUGCUUUUAAAGUUAAAAAACAUGUUAACAAUGUACCACACAGAUUCCUUCUGGUCUAAAAACACCCAUGGCAAUCUAUUGUCUGAGAAAGUGUGGAAACUGAGCUUGACAUUUUAAAGUGCCUCAUUUCCACAUUUUGUUCACUUUUCCUUAAACACAGCCGGGAUUGGCAUGAUAAGAGGUUGGCAACAUUUCCUUACUUGUAUGCGUGUGGACUGUAUAAAAUACAAAAAAAAUGUGUGUGGAAAGACACCUGGUUAUGUUCCGAAAUUCCUUAUAUGCUAAUAAUCCACUAGAUGGCACUGCUGUCAGCUAUGGUCCCAUACAAGGCUGUGAUGCACUAAUGUGUUGGAGCUGUUGUAUUAACUAGUGUUAUAAAACUUGAUAUGAUGGACCAAGCUAUAAUUUAAGUGGUGUCAUAACAUUUCGUGAAGUAAUAACAGUGUAUUGGAUAUCAAAAUCAUAGGUAACAGGUCAAAAACACAAACUGAUGGCUGGGCUGUUCAUGGAAUUGAGGUCUUUUAUGAAAAGUACAGAACUACCUUAUAGAAACAUGCCACUUUUCUAAAGGAAGACCACCUGUUAGAGAUUUUAUUAUGAAAACCACAAGGGACAAAGUUUACUUUUCAGAAAAACCUUUCUCUGGUAGUGACAUGGGUAAAGUGUUUCAAAGCGCAAGGGGAAUUCUACAUGUCCUACUGCAUCUAUGGUGCAUUUAGGUGCCGUCAAAAUGCGUUGGAAUUAUAAGAAUUAAUGACAUGCGUUUGAGGUGGCGGAAAGAACACACAGCAACAAUUGAUAAUGACUGGACACUGAUUACACGUAUAUACAGUCUAUGGAUUAAAGUCAUACCAUCUAUGAAGAGUACAGAUAUGUCAAUAAUAGCCGAAUUAAUUAUUUAAGGUCGACUGCAAAUUUUAAAGAAAUAAAUUGCAUAUAUGAUGCACAUUUGGUUUCAAGCAGGGUCCAUUUAGGCAUGACUUCCAACCAAAGAAUACUUUACUUAAAUACUUGAAUGCGCCCUCAAUUUGUGAAACCCAGAAGACGGAGCCUGUGAUUGGGCCGUGAAUGCAGCACCAGACUCACUACUACUUGUUAAUAGUGAUAGAGCGGCAGACUUGAGAGUUGCAACAGUCUGUGCAGGAUGGUGUGAACUUCAGAGAAGACCUUGAACGAAACAGUUCUCACUCGUAAAUUGUAGACCUCUCCCAACUGGUCUAUCUUAGUACUGGAACCUAGUGUGUGAACGCAACUUUUUCUUUGAUUUUACCUGGGUGAUUAUUUUUUGUGAGUGUCUAUGUGACAGUUAGCGCCGGUUUGAUCCUGACAUGGCUGAGGCACCGCCACCACAGACACAGCCGGUCGAAAUAGACCCGGACUUUGAGCCCCUCUCUCGCCCGCGAUCGUGCACUUGGCCGCUUCCCCGGCCAGAGCUCAUCGAUCCUGCCGGCUCCAACACAUCCUCCCCGGCACCGUCGGUGCAGCAGGAGCAAGGAGGAGGAAACACCGAGUUCAUUAGUAACCUCGGCUUGUUGGAGGAGGACUAUGAAGAGUAUGCAGAGCAGAAACAGCCUGUGGCCUGCAAUGAUUUUCAGUGUCGGGACGGAAACUGCGUGCAUCCACAUCACCACCACCACCGCCGCCAUCAUCAUCUUCAGCAGCAGCAGCAGCAGCUCCCGGGGCCGCAGCUGCCGCCUCAGCAACAGGUGCCUCCUCCUGGCGUCGCACCCCUGGGCAGCAGCUCCGGCCAGAGAAAGAGCGGCCACAGCUCGUCCCGCCGUAACGCCUGGGGGAACAUGUCGUACGCUGACCUGAUUACCAAGGCGAUAGACAGCUCACCUGAGAAGAGGCUGACACUGUCUCAGAUUUACGACUGGAUGGUCAAGAGUGUGCCCUACUUCAAGGAUAAAGGAGACAGCAACAGCUCCGCGGGCUGGAAGAACUCCAUCAGACACAACCUGUCCCUGCACAGUCGGUUUGUGCGCAUACAGAAUGAGGGAACAGGAAAAAGCUCCUGGUGGAUGCUGAACCCAGAAGGAGGAAAGAACGGAAAGUCACCUCGACGGCGAGCUGCCUCCAUGGACAACAACAGUAAGCUCGCCAAGAGCAGAGGAAGGGCGACCAAGAAAAAGAUGGCGCUACAAGAAGGGGUUGAGGGAGGCUCCGCCAGUCCUGGUUCCCAGUACUCUAACUGGCUGGGAAGCCCGAACUCCCACAAUAACGAAGACUUUGAAACCUGGAGCUCCUUUAGGACGCGCACCAGCUCUGAUGCUAGCACUCUGAGUGGUCACCAUUCACCUUUCCCUUCUGAACAGGAUGACCUGGGGGAGUCUGACGGCCACAUGAUGUAUCCUGGAGCAACAGGGACCAAGAUAACCCCCGUCCUGCCCAGCCUGUCUGAGGUGGCUGGAUCCUUGGGCCAACGUGGUUCAGAGAACGUCAUGGAGAGUCUGCUGGAUAACCUGAACCUGCUGUCUCCUAAAAACUCCCCACUGGGUUCUGACUCCUCGCAUUCAUCAAAUGCUGCCAUGCUUCAGAGUAGCCCCUACAGCUCAACUGGCUUGGCAUCCCACUCACAACAGGACUACCGAAAGUGCAUGUAUGGUCAGGUGAGGAUGAACUCCCUCUCCCCUGCUCCCAUGCAGACACUGCCAGAGACCAAGCCAGGCUUUGGGGCAUAUGAGAACCAGUAUAUCUGCACUGCUGGCCUACUCAAAGAGUUACUGACCGCAGAUGCAGAUGCCAGCAGGGACAUGAUGCCCUCUAGGGAUACAAUGGUGUCUCAGGUUGGGAGGGGAGGUUGCCUAAUGCCCACUUACAGCAGCCAGAGCCAUGUGGGGGGUCAUAGUGGAGUAAAAAUGAUGAAUCGUCCUCAGAGUCACCCAAUUCCUCAUGUAAAUCCCCAAACUAUACAUAGCCAGGGUCCUUCAACCUCACGAGACUUGAAUAGCUGUAACAUGAUCCCACUGACUAGCCUGAGUAGUCUUUCAGGGGCCCCUCCUCGAAUGACCAGCCUGAGGACAUGCAUGCAGCUGCCCCAGGGACACCCAGCACACACUAAUGAUGUCUUGGCAAGCUACGGCAGAAGCAAUGGCUACAGGGAACUGAACUCAGUUCACCCACAUGGUCAUCAUCAGGAGCGGCUGCCCAGUGACCUGGACAACAUGUCCAUUGAGCGGUUUGAAUGUGACAUGGAGUCGGUCCUCCAUGACACCCUCAUGGAUGGUGGGGCGCUGGACUUUAACUUUGACCCCGCAGCUGGGAAUCAUGGGUUUCCGCAGAGGGUGAAGACCACCACACACAACUGGGUGUCAGGCUAGGAUGCAUGGUGGAUCACAAACAGGUUUUCAUCAUCAUGCCACUGCUCACUGUCAUUCAGAGACAGGAGAACGUAAAUCCAAAGAAACCACCACCAUCACUCUCACAAAAGUUUUUUUUCAAAAAAUGAACGUUUUGAGCUGGAGCUCCAUGUAUGACAGCGUAUUUUCAGAAGUUCAUCAUUCAGAUCUAUAUAUUGAAAUAAGACAUAACAGCUAAACUGAAUGAAAGACAAGCCUGCAUUUACAAACUAGUCUUGUUUACAAUUGCCUGUCAAAAACUGGAAAUAUAUAUAUAUUUGUCUAUUUUUGUUGAUUGGUGGCAUAUCAAAAUAUACAGUACAGUAUAUUGUAUAAGACAGAACACAGUAUCAGUGCCUCUCAAGAACGGUUUCAAAAAAUGUACGGUGUGUGACCAUCUGGUGAAAGCAGCCAGUACUGGAUUAAUAUGGGGCCAACACAGCAGUAUAUAAAUAUUCAGGGAGCAUGGAUAUAUCUUUCUAGAGUUUGACUAAACUUGUUAAGCAGUGUUUUUUUGGUCCAUUGCUUAAAAUUGAAUAUGGUUUGAAAAUGGACAACUUUUAUUAUACAAUGUGUAGUGGAUAGUGGAUUCAAAAGUAGAUCUGAUGUUCUGUAUGGUCUGAUCAGUGACAGGAAUUUUAGAUUUUAAGGGUUAAAUUUGAGGAGCAUCUUUUAGCAUCCAGCCCCCAAUAGCAAGUGAUUACACAAGUGCUAACCCAUUAGGCUUAAAUGAUAGAUAAACCAGUGCAUCAUCUGCAUAGUGAAACAUAUUAACAUUAUUAAGAUAGUGAAUGAAAUAACCCAGAAGAAAUGUACAAUGACAAAAAGGAUAUGUGCAUAGCAGAUUAUGAAACAAACACCCAUAAAUUCUGAAAAUAUUCUGAUUGGUCUACACACAUCUUAAGUUUUUACAGACACAUGUCAUAGUACUGUGUUGUCAAACGGCGCUCAAGUCAAAUAUCAGCCAUAUCUGCUUACCAUUAGAUAUAACAUCUAAUGGCAAGACUAUGAGACAAGCUGCAUUUCUGACAUCAAACAUAUAUUGUAUAAUAUUUAUUUUAUUCUAAUUGUAGCUGUUGGAUUUUUGCUUUGUACUUAGUAAGCUUGUAAAAUAUGUGUGCUGAUGCUGUGUAUAAUUUAUAUACUGUAUUUGAGUUCAAACUAAUAUCGAAGAAGGAAAGUACAGAUUCAUUAGAAAUGUUGCCUUCUGAAAACAGUUUGCUGAAAGUCCAUAUCAAUCUCAAUUAAUGUAGAAAAGUCCACUUUGUGAAAGCUCACCAUCUUAUUUUGCCUUAGACUCAUUGAGUAUGUAUGUUACUGACAUGAACCUCUGUGGAUUUAGGAAAUUAUAUUCUACCCUUGAAUUUAUGAAAAAUAUUUUAAACUGCUUUGAUUAAACUGAAAAGUCAUGGUGAUCAAGUUGGAAUCAAAGCUGUUUUUUAAUCACUUUCUGAAAAAGGGACAUUUUGGAAAAUUUUCACCUGGCUAAUGUUGAGCAAUACAGGGGGAGUAGGAGUAGGAGUAGGUGGAGAUGAUGAUUCUAAACUGACCAGUCUUCAAAGUUUAGCUACAGUUUUUAUGUACCAAAGAGUUUCCUACUCUGCCAAACACAGUUCAAAGAAAAUGUUCCAAUUCACUGUGCCUAUGUGGUCUCUCAGACUUGCAAUUUUGUACAUAUUAUUUUCUUUCGUAGUACAUUUUUGUAUAUGAAGGUUUUAAAUGACUCGUAAGGAUUGUACUGAAAUAUUAUACUCUUAUGUAUGAUUGUGUUAGAAAUGGUUGUUUACAUAUCUCAGUCCAACCUAUAUCAAUAAACAUACAGUGGGGUCCAAAAGGAAAGUGGUCUCCGACUUUUGGAUCCCACUGUAUGAACACUCAUACCUCAAAAUAUCUUACCUCUGAAGUGUUGAAGGGGUUUUUCCUGACAUUUUCCUCAGUGAGUAAUGUAUUGAAUCUUCAUUUUUGACAUACAGAGUUUUGUACAUAUUUUUGUGUAUUCUUUUUUUGUAUUUGAUUAAUGCUGAAACCAGUUAUACUGUAUUUGGAUCUCGUCUUUGAAUUUCUAGUGUUUUUUUGUGCUUGAGGAUUAUAGCCAUUAGUUUAUAGUAAAUGUUAUGAGACAGCGCAACUAAAAGUUUUAAAUUAAACAUGAAUUUGUGUGAAAUCGUACAUUUUGGAAGACUUUGUGUGAAAAUGUAUAUUUAAUGAAUAACUUGGUAUCACUAAAUGGCAUAUAAAUAACAUGUCAAUUUGUGUGUUAUCACUACGCUUCUUUUUUGCUUUUCGCACAUUGUUUCAUGCCAAUUAAUUUCUCUACUAAACCUAACUAAAAUAACGUUAAAUGAAAUGUGAAAAGCUUAAAAUGCGUAGACAUGACACGUGAAAUGUCCUGAAAAUUGGCGUGCUAUUUGUGCGCCAUCCCAUGAUAUCAUGUAAUCUGUUCAGUCAAAACUCAAUGAAAGGAAUUCAACAGAAUUUAUUUUUAUGUUGUGGCAUAAAAGUACUAUGUCUAUAAUUAUUGAAGCCUAUUAAAAAUAAAUAUGUGAUGAGAGCAUUUUAAUAAUGGGUCAACAUAGCUACCUUGCACAAAUGAGAUUAAACUUUCAAAAGCACUUGUGCAUGUAAAAUUUCAUUAUGUCGGAGAGUAAAAGGCAUUUGUGCAUGUAAUAUUUGACAUUACGCAAAUGGCAACACUUGCUUACAGUAUGUACAAAAAUUAUUGUCAGGAAAAGCAGAAUGUUUUAUUUUGUCUUUGAUAUUCACAUCCAGGUAUUUUUGAAAGAAUGCAGUUUUUUUCUACAUAACCCAUUCCAGUGCAUAAAUCACCAUGUGAACUUGAAAUUAAAGGAAGAAAAACAGAA